AUGUUUUUAUCGAUAACUGUGAUCUUAUGUUUAAUACUCGGUUCCUAUGCUGGCGAUUUACCUCCGAAUAUAACCAAAUGUAAAGUUGACGACAAUGUGUGUGUUGCCCAAAAAAUCGAGGAAGUAUUAAGGAAAUAUCCCCAUGGUAAUCCUGACAUUGGUUUGCCCAAUAUGUCAGCUUUGCCAAUAAAAAAUGUUAUCAUCUCACGCGCCUCAGGCUCAUCUCCGAUACAAAUGAAUUUGAAAUUUGUGCAAUUCGUAACGGAUGGUCUUCAAAAUGGCCAGGUUUUAAAUACAACCGGUUGGACAAAAAAUCCCAAAAUUUUUGAAGGGAAUUUUUUCUAUCCCAAACUGGUUGUAAAAGGAGACUAUGAAUCGGAUGGGCGGAUUUUGUUUCUGUCAAUGAAUGGCCGAGGUAAAGGCCUCUUUGAGCUGACCAACUGCCAUUUCAAUGUAAAGACCAAAGUGGUGUUGGAAAAGCGUAGCAAUGGUAAAAAUUAUGCAAAAAUAACAAAACUUAAGUUGGUCCUUUCGCCGGAGAAAGCUUAUACUAAUAUGGACAAUUUGGUCAACGGUAGCCCGGAAUUGUCUAAAACAAUUAACGAUGUCAUCAAUGAGAAUUGGCGUGAUGUAUGGCAAGAAAUCUCUAACGGACUUAAUGCUGCUUUGGGAGAAGUUCUGGAGAAUUUACUCACUGGCAUUUUUAAUGAACUUUCUUAUGACGAUUUUUAUGCUGAAUGA